AUGGAUCAGCCGACUGAUGCGAUCUCAUCUCUCAUCAUGCCCCUGAGAUCCCUCAUCUGUGCGAUUUCUAUCAAGCUUCUGAACCCCUCGAGAUCCAUAGAAUGUCUCGCGGAAGAGGCACCAGAAUACCGCGGAGAUGAGGACCCUUACAUCACUGCGCCCGCGGUACUCGAACAGGUGCACAACGCAAUCUUGGCGGCAGCGAAUUCAGACUGCGAGAGUCAAAGCCCUAUCAUUUUUGCCUGGACCGUUGUCGUCCAUCGCAUGUUCUAUUCACAUCAUGACCGAAUUGAGAAGCGAGACGCCCUGCAGAACCAGCGAUCCCAAGAGACAUUCGAGGCCGGUGUACUGAUUCGCCCCACCACCAAUCGUCGUCUUUCUGCAGGAAGUAUCGUGUCUCUUGAUGGCAAGUCAUUCGACAUCUUCCUCAACAACGUAGGACUGGACAAAGACCUGCAGGUUGUGGAGCAGCUCGCGGUGGCCGUGACAUCCAACGGACGAGCCUAUGAAGUACUCUCCGAGAUGGCACUCGCCAUAGGUGGUUAUAGCGACGGAGCCUUCUCGCCGCUUUUGGGCUCCAGAGUUCGGCUUGCGUAUGUUGAUUUCCUCAAGGCCACAUAUCCGCUUGUCGGGUAUCAAUCAGAUUCAGUCACCUCCCUCCUGUCAGUCCUUGGAGCCGGUCAGCAAUACUGGGACCUUUCGAGGCCCGCGCUACACCCCUCAAAUGACAUUUUGGCCGAGGUACUCCAGGACUCUACUGCAAUGGAGUACUACUUCCAUCAGGCCCUGAACCGAUAUCCUUUCGAACUCUUGCCAUUCCUCAACAUCUGCCGUACUCUGGCCAACUGCGUUGUCGCGGAUGACCGGAUGGAUACAGUGGUCAACCUUCUGCGCAAAACCCCUUCUCUCACCUUCAUUCUCCCCGACGACUACCAGCAAUACGAGCUGGCACAGGAAGAGGACAACACCAACACAUUCUACCUUCUUGAGGACAUCCCACUGUUCACACCAGCCACUGCAUGGAACAGACGAACCCGUCUUGAUGAUGCUUUCAGGAUACCGGCUGAGACAGUUGGACGAUUCGUUACAGAUACGGGCCGUGUUGUUCUUAUGGAAUACGAGCAUUCUGCACUUGCACUGCUUGGCAAGAGGCUGGAGGUUCAACUUGCGCCUGAGACUUAUCGUAGCGAGUUGGAUGCCUUCCAGCCAGAGGAGACAGCAGAGACGAUCGCCCUCUUUGCAACGCUUCUCCGAGCUGAGGUGCUCAAGUCUGAGAGGCAAGGCCUGAGCGGCGAAACGUCUCUUAAGUCCGGACUGGACUUGCUGGAGGAGAUUGGCAAACACGUCUCUGGAAACAAGGACCUUGUUGCAGUUGUUUGCGAGACUAUGGAUGCCUACAUGCAAGAUGAGAAGGCGACGGAAGGUCAAGGCAUUGCGGUCAUCAACUCAUGCGUUCAGUUCUUGCACGCAAUCCUGCCGUUGUGCCCAACCAGAGUCUGGUCAUAUCUGGCACGUUGUGAACUGCUCAACUCGGAAGCUCAAGCAGGCAAGCUUGCGAAGAUUACUGGCAACCUCGAUCUUGUUGGGGACCGAUAUGAUCUCCUGCUCUCGGCUGUGCGUCUAUUCGCUAGUCUCAUUGACAGUGUCAAAAGUAGCGCUGUUCAACGCAAAUCUGGCAACAAGCUGGUCGGCCGUCAAAAGGUCUCGAACAACGUUUGGCUGGGGGUGGCAGACAAAGUGCUGGGAAAGGUCAGUCUUGCCAUUGCCCAGGCUACGGUCGAUGUUUUCGAGACUUCGUCGACUUGGCGAUUCGGGUCGGAGCUGUACAAGACCCUGCUCAUUCGACAUGUCGUUCCUGUCAUGGACCACAUCGUCUUGUAUACGUACGGGAUGGGGGACCAAGAAAGCUCAGAGACUCUCACUGCAUGCCUGGAGCCUGCGGCGUCCUAUAUCAUCGACGCAUUUCUCUCGCCCUCGACUGGUUCUCUGAGGUUCCAGCCUCUCCUCACCACUUUGGUGAACGGCCUUCAGGUUCCUGACUCAACAUUCUACCAAGAGAGACUGGCUUCUGCACAAGAACAGCUAAUCUCGGCCUUGCGAUUCACAACCACCUUGUUGCGGGUUGCAAACCACCUCGAGCGAUCAUCAGAGAUAUUCGAGGACCAUCUCUUCAAGACAUCGUCAAUUCUGGCAAGACUCUGCGCCAUUUGCGAGCAGUUCCGGCGACCAGCGCUUCUGCUUCUGGAAGCUUUGGUCCUCAGCGCCGCCAGAGCACAUGAUGACCCUCCCUCGCUCCUGGGUUAUCUUGGCCCUCUUCUGUCUCGGUCGUUUAUCCAAGUUCUGUCACAACUCGACAAACCCUUCCUUGUCGCCGAGGACGUACAAACGACAUGGAAGUUCUUCUCCACAAUUGUACAAAAUCGUCAGCAAUGGCUGUCCAACUGUCUCCUGACGGGUAAAACACCCAGAGAUGCUCUCAAAGGCGCCAAGAAGGAUACGUCGUCUACACCCAAUUCCGUGCUCGCGACGGCUUUCGCAAAGCUCAAGGAUAUCAAGGAGCUGGAUAUUACCGAGGCACUUCGGAUCCUGGACUUUGUCGCAUCCUCCCAAAAUCACUGGCCCUGGACUAUUUUCACCAUGCAGAAGGAUUCAUCAUUUUUAGACUCGCUACGUCUAUACGUCAAAGAUCUAAGCAGCUUCACAGUGACCAGCAAGGCAGAUGCUGUCAAGGCCGCUAUCGAUGCCAAGAUGGCCGCUUACAUUGCUGAAAUAUUCGCUAUGCAACUCUACCACCUUCGCCAGAUGGGCGGCGCCGAUGUCUUUGCCAAAAGCUUGGUGGCUGACCUGGAUUAUUACCUCCGAGACGGUGUCGAGGUCUCUAGCUACAACAACUCUCUGCACAGCAACUUUGCCAAGAACUUCACGAGCAAAUACCCUGGAGUUUCGCUCGAGGCCUUCAAGCGGACAAUGUUGAGACCCGGCGAGCUUGGCAGAAGCUAUUUCUAUGACCUGGAGAGUGCGACUGAGAUGUUGAGCUUUGAUCCUGGCUGGCACGGUCGCCGCGAUAAUGGUUUCCGCAACGAAAUGGGAAUUGCGAACGCCAACCUCUCCCUGGUCGAUGCGCAAAUCUCCCUGUUCCACGCCUGGGAAUUCCUGUUGCUUGAACUCAGCAGCUCACUGCCGGAUAACGACAACAUCGCCAAGCAGAUGCUUCAAGUUGCUCAGCAGUGCCUCGAGGCGAACCGAUCCAACCAGGGCCCAGAAAACAUUUUUAUGCGCAUCGUUGAAGAGCGAGCUGACUUGAGCUUGCUGCUUAUUCAGCGUCUCGUCGGCAGGCCCAUCUCGUCUCAAGACGUCAACCAGCUUCUGGGAACGUUGUUUACCAUCAUCAGUGCCGUCGAGGAGCCUUUCAACCCUGGCUCAAUCUCGUACUACCGCACGAUUCUUAAGACCAUCUACGUCACGUUGCGCGCAUACAGUGUAGCCGACAAGAAGGGCCUCGGUGCCUCGAAGAGCGGUGGGGAGGGAUUCUCCGUCACUUUGACACAAACUGUUCUGAACCUCCUCGAUCGGGUUGUUGCCAAGGGCUUCAGAACGCUCGUUGCGCUCGUGCACGACCCUGAAGCUGCCGUUGCACCCGAAGACUUGGCUCUUCUCACUGCUAUCCUACAAGCCUGUCUCAACAUGCCGACGAUUGAUCAAUGCCAAACACAGAUCCUCAACAUCAUGGCAUCCUACGACGCCAUGCAUGCGGCGACAUCGCUGUUCUCGUGGGCAGACAAGCUGGCCAUCAAUGGCGAUCCUAUAUACGGUGAGCUGAGCUUGUUGUUUCUACUAGAGCUCUCCACCCUUCCGGCGGUGGCGGAACAAAUGGCCUGUGACGGCCUGCUCAGCCAUCUGACCUCAGCGGGCAUCACCAAUUUCAUGCGCCGCGGAAACAUCUCUCCUUUCUCCGAGGCUAUCGGACCCCAGAGAUGCUAUAGCAUGUGGGUAAAGGGUGUUUUGCCCCUGUUGCUAAACCUUUUGACCGCCCUUGGAGGUACCGUGGCGCCGGAACUUGGCUACGUUCUGAACCAAUUUCCCCUGCUUCUAAAGUCGAGCGUCGACCGAUUCGAGGCCCCUGGCGCUAGUCGAACCGCAUCAAGAGAAGCGCCACACUACGUGACGCUUCUGUCUGUAUCAGAGGUUCACUCGCUUGCGCUCUUGACAAGAGUCAUUGCUGCUCUGCGGACGGCCAACACCAGAGACAUCCCGGAGAUACAAUGGGAUGCUUCCUCGCUGUUGGAAAACAUCGACUUUUGGCUGUCGAGCCGGAAGCUGUUGCGCGACAGAUUACUGCCGCUUGGACAGCGUGAGGUUGAGUGGAAGAGCACCAAGAUCGGCACGCCUGACGAGGGUGGGCAUCUGGGGAACGCUCUCGAGAACAAGGUGCUCUCCCAAUUGGAGGCCGUGAGGGAUGUAUUGAGCGAAGACCUGGAGGAGUCUUGA